CUAAACGUGCGCGGGUUCAUAUACUACGAAGUAGAGAUGGAUCGGUAAAGGCGCAGUACAGUUUGCGACCAGCGUGUCUACCCAGGCCCCAACACUGAGGGAAGGAACCUCGGCACCACUAUAAAGAAAAAGGUGGGUGGGACCCUCCGCACUCACUAACUAUACUGUACACCAACACCCACAGGGGCUUCCUCAACACCACGCCCAACCAUCCACCUAUCUUUCCCCUCGCUAGCAGCGAGUCCUCAACCUACCGCACCUGCCCGCGUCCCCGCCAGUUGGGCUCCUGUCCCUCCGUCCUUUUGACUCUCCUCGCAGUCACCUCUUCCGCGCGCACAGCAACAGGAGUCGAUGGCGUCCAAGACCUCUUCCAAGCCCGCGGCCACCAAGCCGCCGGCCUCGCCCGUCAAGACGGCAUACUUGGUGCUCUACAACUUCGCAUCGGCCGUCGCGUGGAGCGUCGUCCUCGGCCGCGUCCUCGCCGUCUGCGCACUUCGCGGGCCGCAGUUCGCCUACGCCGCUGCCGGCGAGUGGACCAAGUGGACGCAGACGGCGGCCGCCCUGGAGGUUGCGCACUCGCUGCUCGGCGUCGUUCGCGCUCCACUCUUUACCACUCUGACGCAAGUCUCGUCGCGCUUCCUCCUCGUCUGGGCCAUUGUCGACUCCUUCCCCUUCCUCGCCACCUCGCCCUUGUACUCGUCCAUGCUCGUUGCCUGGUCCGUCACCGAGGUCAUCCGCUACUCCUUCUUUGCCCUCUCCCUGUCCGGCUGGCAGCCCGCCGCCCUGACCUGGCUGCGCUACAACACCUUCUUCGUUCUCUACCCCAUCGGCAUCACCAGCGAGUGCGCCCUCAUAUACCUUGCCACAGUACCCGCAGCGAUGCGCAACCCCGUCGAGCCGUACAUUCUCUAUGCCGCCUUGGCCAUCUAUGUUCCUGGCUCCUACAUGCUCUACACGCACAUGAUAUCCCAGCGGAGAAAGGUUCUACGUGCUCAAAAGGCUCGGGCCGGCAAAGCGCAGUAAGCUGCUGGCUCCAGAAGACGUAUAGAGUGCAAGCUACGAUCGCCGCAGAGGCAAUGACUCUCUCUGCAUGAAGCGAUAGUGUGCCGGUUGGGUACCAUUGAGUAUGCAAUUGCACUGCCCUUCUUGCGUAAGCCAGUAUGGAAUGCAAACAAGAAGCAUAAAACCGGAUAGUCGGAUCAGAAGAGGGUAUAUAGACGGAUCACGGUGUACUCUAGAAACAAACUACCUAAUG